UGUUGCUGUUAAGGACAACGGUUGAUCUCUACAGUUCUAAAGAAGGGAGUGGAUAUUACGGUGAACUAACUAUUACGAUACUGAAGAAGGUGUACUAACUGUUUUUAUUGUUCAAUCGAAGCAGGUCACCAGGAGGAUGGGCUAACUUUUAUAGCCCUGAAGACGCAGAUUCUUACUAAGGAAGACUGACGUGCAGAGGUCCACGGCAGAGCAGCCUCUUCAAGGUCCAAGGAAAGCGCUUUAAAUCUGUGAGUCCAGAUCUAAGAAGAUCAAAGAUGGAUUCAACAGCUCUGACGCUCCUCGUUUUCGUCCUUCAAGUGUUUGAUUCAGCUGCUCAACCUCCAGGUUUUGGUAAUUUACCUACAGUCAUUUCCAUCCCUGAAGACAAAGCGCCAGGUUCUGUAAUCUACACCAUAAUUCUGUACUACUGGAAUGCAGGCUCUUCAACUCUGACCAUGUCCGCAAACCCAUCAACCACAUUUUUCAACCCACCUUCUAUAUAUGUAGCUGGAGGAAAUUAUAAUUCCCAGGUCUCACUUAGCAGCUCUGCUGUACUGAACUCUCAGGUUGUGAACUUCUACACCCUCACGUUUACCUUUACUAAUAAUUAUGGAAGUGUAACUGAUAACCUCUAUGUGAGCAUAUCGUCAUCUCCGAAAUGUAGCCCACUGUUUACAAGUCCAAUUGGAGACACAGUGGAAGUGCUGGAGACUAUCGCUGGAUCCGCAGUAAUCUACACAGUGACAACAAUCAACCCUGGCACAACUGCUGUCCUCAGUUAUUCAUUUACUACACCGCCUGUCCUUACAUUUCAACUCUCCAAUUCUGGGAAUGUUUUGGUACCAGCCGCCGGAUUUGUCCGUCAGAAUGCUGUGCGGACUUAUGUCCUGCUCAUCACUGUCCAGAACCAGGGCAACCUGCUAUGCAAUGGGAUCCUUAAUGUGAAGGUGCUGCCAGUGGCCAUCAUUACAUUUGCGCAGAAUGUGCUUAAUGCCGCUAUUGUAGAGAACACUGGACCUGCCACUUCUGUGAUCACAGUCCAGGCUCAACAGACCAGUGUCUUCUAUCAGCUAAUCAAAGCCAACAGCGCCUUCCAACUCAAUGAGAGGACUGGAGAAAUCCGAACCACCUACAACUUGAAUUUGGACACAAACCCAUUGCUAGCAAAUACUCAACUUUUGAUUCGGGCCUACAACGGGAAUCGUACAGCAAGUGCCACAGUGACAGUUAACAUUAAAGUGACCAAUGCCAAUGACGUUCCCCCAGAGUGCACCCCUGCUGUGGUUGCAACUCAAAUUCCGGAGACCACUAGCAUUGGAACAACUCUGUUCACGUUGAGAUGUCAGGACAAAGAUGGCAACAGCAUCAAAGUGCCAUACACGCUGAGUGAAAAUAAUAUUUCAAAGGGAAAGUUUCAGAUCAACAAUGCAGGGCAGUUUCAGGUAAAUAGUGUGCUGGAUUACGACUCUUCUCUAAUGGCAAGUGUCAACUUUCAAUAUUCUGUCAUAAUCAUUGUGUCGGACAAUGGAACACCUUCAUUAACAACCAGCGUUUCUGUGUUUGUGACGAUCACUCCAGUGAAUGAGUUCCCCCCCUUCUUCACGCCACCAACAACUUACACUGUGAAUGAGAGGGCAGUGAUGGGGACGGUCAUUGGAACAGUCAACGCCACCGAUGUUGAUUGGCCCUUCAACAAUGUCCAGUACAGCAUAGAAGGGGGUCAAGGCAGCCCACCCAGGUUCUACAUCGAUCCUCCUACAGGCCAAAUUAUACUUCUCCUACCCUUGGACUUUGAGACACAGAGCACCUACCAGCUCCAAAUUAAAGCUGUGGAUUUGAACCAAGAUCUGAAUACAGCCAAUCGCCUGACUACCUUCCAGACGAUCACUGUCGUAGUGACGGACUACAAUGACAAUCCACCAGUGUGUAACCCUUCCUACAAUGAGGUCACCAUCUACUCCACUCUAAAGGCAGGAGUGUCCAUAGUGGCCUUGCAGUGUACAGACAGGGAUGUCACAUCAGUGCUCUCCUAUUCCAUUGUGGGAGGUAAUAUCCACAACCGCUUUGUGCUAAAUGGUAACAACCUCCAGUCCAAAAACACCUUCUCCUAUGCAUCUCCUGGUGUGUUUGACCCUACAAAUUAUGAGCUCCUGAUUCAGGUGACAGAUGGAGGCCCACCAACCUUCUCCACCACAGCCACUGUGAUUGUUCAUGUAGUGCCAUGGUUCACCACGGCUCCAACCACAACUGUGACAACCACGAAAGCAACCCGGCAUACUCAAAUAGUCACACUCACAGAAUAUGAGUGGAUCCCAGACCCUUGGUUUGUUGCCGUCCUUACCAUCACUGGAGCUCUGUUGCUGUUGGGUCUGUUUUUAUUGUUGAAGACACUCUUGAGCUCGACUGGCCUCUGUGGCCGAAAUACGAACAAGAUGUCUGAGCCACUUCUGGAGAAUGGGUGA